CUCUGUUCCAAUGACUUCUUUUGCCAUUCUCCAUGAUUCCUUUUUGAAAUUCCAAACAAUGCCAAAAGUAACAAGUCACAGUGACUUAUUCUGCGAAGGGAAGGAAUUUAAGAAAAAUGAAGUAAUCUUUCAAAGACAAAGCACACUACUGGGUUGCAUAAUGUGGAACUUGCUCAAAGUACGUUCUCCUUUCUUCUCUAGCUUUUGUGCUUCUUUGAUUGGUUGGUUCCAAUUGAUUUGUGCUUCUUUGAUAAUGUCCCUCUAUUUCCAUGGUAAAAAACCUUCUACCAUGAUCAGUGACUCUCCCAUGCUCCCAUGAUUAGUAACCUCUUUACCCUGAUCUCGCUCCUUAUCGUUCUAUCUAUGCUUUUGUAUUGCACCUGUUAAUAGAUGAUUAUGUGUUUGAUUUUUGGCAGAGAAGAUGAAGUAGCUUGUAAGGGCAAUUGACAUGUCAUUGAACAAAGAGGAAGAAGAAUUUGAAAGUGGAUGAGUAGAGAAGAUAUAUAGUUGUGUACAAAGAUUAAUACUUGGUUAGUGAUGGGUUUGCUUUUUCCGGGUUAACGAAUUCCUGUAAAAGUUUGAAAGGACAUAAUUUGUAAUGACCUUUUGACUUUUGUUUUGGAUAUUAAGGUACCUGAUUUGUAAUUACUUUUGAUUG